AUUCUACGGCCAGGUACGAAUGCCAUCAUUGUGAAUGCUCUUCAAGCGGGGAAUCCUGUAUGCAAGCACAUCAAAGCCGUUCCUUGGGAGUAUGGCGAAAUUCUACCAGACUUUGUGCUUGGUAAGAUGUGCUGUGCUCUCUUUCUAUCGCUCAAGUAUCAUGCAUUGCAUCCAGACUACAUCUACAGACGCGUCUCUGAGCUCGGCACACAGUAUGGUCUGCGUCUUCUCAUGGUCGUGUGUGAUGUCUCGAAUCCAAAGCAGGCCCUGCAAGAGCUCACCAAGAUGGGCGUCGUCAAGAACUAUACGCUGAUUGUGGCCGCCAACUCUACCGAAGCAGGUCGGUAUUUAGAGCUGUACAAGUCACUCGAGAAUGCAACUCCCACAGGUAUUCAGGGCCACACAUCUACAGCUUAUCAAGAUCAAGUAGUGGACUUUCUCACUGCAGUCCGUGCCGUCAACAAGAGCGACGCACAUACGCUCGUGAGUACAUUUGGCUCCAUCAAAAACGCACUGAACGCCAGCACCGAGGAGAUGCAGACGAUUGUAGGCUGGGGUCCGCGCAAGGUGCAAAAUCUGCAAUCUGUACUACAGAUGCCCUUCAGGACAGAUUCAGGAACGAAUCGGCAACGGCAGGCUGAG